UGCCUUGCAGAGAAGAGCCGUGGGGAAGUCACUGUUUCCAUAGUAAAUUUGAAGUAAUACCAACUUGAUUAUUAAAUGGCGUUAUCGCAAUGCUUAGAGGAUUCUCCUGGCUGGAAACCACUUUCAAAAGGAGAACGAGAUGGACAUUUAGAAGAACUUUAUAAUGAGAGACAUCGACUUGCUCUAGAGGAACUGCUAUCGGGUGGAGUUAACUCUUACUUGGGAUUUCUGAAGAAAGAAAAAAUACCCAACUUUCUGUCCGAUGAAGAAAUCAGACGUAUAUCACGUUCUACUGUAGUUCCCAAAGCCUUUUCGCUUGCUGGAGACGAUGCACCUUUUGAACAGUCCGUCAGUACUUCAAUGGACUGUUCAUCUGUCACAUAUUUCCCAGAUGUUUCCGACGUGGAGCCCCCUGUUCUGGAGCUUGGUUGGCCUGCUUUCACGACAGGGUCAUUUCGUGGAGUAACCCGGGCAGUGGCCCACUUUCAGCCGAGCUACGGGGAGUGCAUCUACAGCUGCAAGGAAGCAGCGAGAAAAAUGAUCAAGGGAGCAAAAGAGUUGAUCGCCAUAGUGACAGACUCCUUGACAGACCUGGACAUCUUCCGGGACCUGCAGGAGGCCUGUACCCGACGCAGGGUUCCUGUGUACAUCCUGCUGGACCAAGUGUCUGUUCCCUCCUUCCUGCAGAUGUGCAGCAACCUGAAUGUGCGUCUUGAGGAGCUACGGCUGAUGCGGAUUCGGACCAUUACUGGAUGUACAUAUUACAUGAGGUCGGGAGCAAGGAUCACAGGGAAGGUUCAUGAGCGCUUCAUGCUAAUCGAUGGGCACAAAGUAGCUACAGGCUCUUAUCGGUUCAACUGGACAGAUGGGAAGCUCAACAGCAGCAAUCUGAUCGAACUGACCGGACAAAUAACAGAGAAAUUUGACGAGGAGUUUCGCAUACUGUAUGCCCAGUCUCUGCCCCUAAAUGCCAGGGAGUGUCCUCCGAGUGCCCGUGGCAGCGGCAUAUACGACCACCUGCUCUUUAAGCUGCCCUCCACCCCACCGUCCCAGGUCCCCAAGGCGGUCAUGCCCGACCAGGUGUGCAUGACCAGCACGCCCAAUCGGGCCCAGAUGAUGGAGGCCCUCCAGUCAGCUCCAAGGGUUGGAGAGAAGAGCCGCAGGAGCAGCCACACCUCCAACGCCUCCACCCUCGGGGGGGACUGGAUGGAGCAAGACCUGUUGCAGGAGGAACCACUGUUUGGGGGUCCUGCUUCCGCCCCUGCCCUUGCUCCUCCUGCACCUGCUCAACCUUUGCCUGGGGCGGAUGGCUGCCCAGUUCCAGCAUUUGUAGCUGCCCCCACCUCCGCCUGCCACACCUCCACACAGACGGGCAGCCAGAAUGUGGACAAGGGCGUGCAGACUGACCAAGGCACUAGGCGUCCAUUGCCUGGCUUCCCCCAGCAGGCCUCCACCUCCUCUACCCUGACCAACUGUGAGACCUCCUUCUCCGCUUCCUCUGAUUGUAGCUCCACCCACCCGGACGUCAAAUUGGGUCUCCGUCCUCCAAUCAGACGUGGCCCUGCCCCUCAGAAUUGCAACCUGAAGGAGAGCUUUUGGAAGCUGUCCAAAGAGCGACAAGGCCACUACGCAUCCAUCCGCUCCAAGCUGGACAACAUGGUGGCCAUGCUGUCCCAUCGGCGGGAGCUGGUGGACCUCACCAACCUGGCCCUGAGUCCUGCCCUACGGAGACGCAAUGCCCACCAGCAGUCCAGACGGGCAGCGGGGGUUAUGAUGGAGACCACCUUCAUGGGGACCUGGCCUCGGUCAAGGGGUUUACAGUGAAAAACAAGGCCAGGGGAAAUUGGCGAACAUGAAGAGGUGUGCUGAUUUGCAAUCAAACCAAUGAAUGUUAGUAAAUAAAGAUACACUCGACAAUACUACUAUGCAUAUGCAUAAUAACCCAGUUAUAGGACGUUUCUGAAAAGUUAUAGGGCACAGAGAUCAAAAACCUAUACGGUCUAAAUUGAAAGGUUGUGCUGAAAAAGAGAGCUGCUCUCUGUCAUCUUCCUUGUUUAUCUACAGCUUGUUCUGUAUAAUAUAUUGUGGGUAAAAGGGAACUGUUCUUGAGUGGGAAAAUGUUAUGUAAAAUAUGCCAUGUGUUACUGAUAUAAAACUAAAUCUACAUAAAUC